GAAACCCUCCAAAAAACCAGUUAACCCUAAACGCGGAUCUACCUUCUUCCCAUUUUGCUUCCUCUGCACCAUCGUUCCUCCUUAUCGUCCUUAACCAUGCCUCGUCGGAGCUCCGGGGGAAGAUCUGCUUCCCGUCCUGCUCCUCGCGCUCCACUCCGCAAUCCUCCGCAGCCAGUUAGUUCUGCUCCUCCACCAGCACCUGUACAAGGUGGUGGAGGUGGGUCUAUGCUCGGAGGACUCGGCGCCACUAUUGCUCAAGGUAUGGCCUUUGGUACUGGAAGUGCGGUGGCUCACAGGGCUGUUGAUGCUGUAAUGGGUCCUCGGGUCAUUCAGCAUGAAUCUGUUGAUUCAUCAGCUGCCCCUUCUUCAGUGCCUACUGCAGCAAGCAAUGUUGGAGGUUCUGAAGUUUGUAAUGGUCAAUCAAAGGCCUUGCAAGAUUGCCUGAAUCACUAUGGAAGUGACAUUGGCAAGUGCCAGUUCUACAUGGAUAUGUUGCAGGAAUGUCGCAGAAGCUCGGGUCCUGGUUUGGGUGCUUAAAGGAAUUAAUUUUUAGAACAAUCCAUAUUAUUUUCUCACUCUGCUCCUGUUGGAUGACCGCAGUGAGCGGUGUCAAGACUAUUGUGUGUUUUGUCAUGGUUUUCACUUUACAUGCACUUUUAUACCUUUAUUUUAAUAAAAGGUGUUUAAUGAUGAAACGCUUCAUCAUUUGGACUUUUUA